AAAGACUUCUUUUGUUGAGCAUCAAACUUUCUUACAUCUUUACCAUAGUUUUCAUCGACUAUGGAUAUUUCUUGUGAUGAUGUUUCAGGGACUCACUAUUAUUGCUUUCAAUGAUGGGAAAUUUAACUCAAAGACCUUACGAGAAAUUCUGAGUCUUGGGCCUACUUAUUUUAUGAUGAAACUUUUGGAAAGUGUAUUGGAUGUCAUUAUGAUGUAUGGAGCCUAUUCUACAUCAAGACGCCUGUUAGCCGAAUUUUUCUUCGUUUUCUUUGGUUCAGCGCAGCUUCAGUAUUUAUUUGUUUCCUUUAUGUGAAAGGCCUUGUGGAGAAAACCAAGCCAAAUGGAGAUUUAAUAUUCUUCAAGAUUUAUGUCAUUGCUCUUUCCAUAUAUGGCGGUGUCCACUUGUUUCUAAGCUUCCUGCUCCAAAUUCCAAUGUGUCAUCGGUUGACGAAUCAAUGUGAUCAGUGGCACCUAAUCCGGUUUGUCAAAUGGAUGCACCAGGAACAUUACUAUGUCGGCCGUGGCAUGUAUGAGAGAACUUCUAGCUUCACCAAAUAUUUUGCAUUUUGGCUUGCUGUUUUGGGAGGCAAAUUUAGUUUUGCUUAUUUUCUACUAGUAAGUUUUAAGUAAUGUUUCAUUAUGCUUUUGUCGUAGUAAGUUUAUAUCAUGCUAUAUGUGACAAUGCUUCAGAUUAAGCCCUUGGUGAGUCCCACAAGGUUUGUGGUUGAAAUGGAUAUUCAGCAAUAUUCGUGGCAUGAUUUUGUUUCCAAAAGUAAGAUACUUUUGCCCCAAGCUCUCUGUUUGAUUCAUUGUAGACUCAAAAAUUAAUGUUAUUGGAGAAAAACAAUAAUAUAGUAUAACAAGUUUAAUACCAAAAGUUUCCCUGUAAGAGCUACUUAACCACUGCUGGGUUUUAGGAUUGUAUCAAAACCACCCUCCCCCGAAAUUUAUCCCUCUCGUUCUAACUUAGGUACUAGUGUAGAAAACUCUUGAGUUCAGCUUGCGCACCAUCUGUAGGUUUUGAAGUCACAAAUAAGCUAGGAAGGCAGUUUUUUAUUACCCCUUCAAGUUUGUGUUCUUUUCCAUUUUAUCCUCGGAGCCAUGUUAACUCCUUUCAAGGCACAACAUCAAGAAGCCAUGUUAUUCCUCAACGUGGGGCUCAACAAAUCCAGUGUAUCCAACAAGUGGGAGGGUAAGAUGUAUGUUAGCCUUACCUGUACCUGUACCCAUACAAAGUAGUUUGUCUUUGAAAGAAUCUCGGCUCAAAAUGAAUAGAAUCAAAGUAUGUUAGCCUAAUGUUAACGAAUAAGUACUUCAUUCUAAAAUAAAUGCAACNAGGCACAACAUCAAGAAGCCAUGUUAUUCCUCAACGUGGGGCUCAACAAAUCCAGUGUAUCCAACAAGUGGGAGGGUAAGAUGUAUGUUAGCCUUACCUGUACCUGUACCCAUACAAAGUAGUUUGUCUUUGAAAGAAUCUCGGCUCAAAAUGAAUAGAAUCAAAGUAUGUUAGCCUAAUGUUAACGAAUAAGUACUUCAUUCUAAAAUAAAUGCAACAAUCAAUUUUUUACACUAUUCACACUCUCGACCAUGUCUAGAUACUAACCAUAGUUAUCACGUCGACAAGUCGAAACAUCUUAAAUAUAUAUUGUAUCACUAAUUAUAACCACAUUCAUUAUCUUAACAAAACUAAGUUUCAAGGUAGGACAUAAACAAACAUAAAUCCAAAUAGGAGUGCAUAACAAACCAAUAUCCUUCAACUUUGAGCAACAAAAUGUAAAAGAGCGCAAACACACAAACAACAUAUUAAAAUAUUUGAGUCCAUAUUUUGCAGUAUCAACAAUCAUCAUCCGAUAUUAUGCCAUCAUGAUGACACGACUCUCUGUCGUCGUGGUCUCAUUAGUAGUGAGACAUUUGUCCAUAAUCAUCACGAACAUUUUCAAUUUUGUGGCCCCAGUCGGUUGAGGACCGAAUUCAAUUUCAAAUGCCAUUCUUCAAAGCUCCAAAUGCACAUGUUGUUAUUUCUCUUCCUGGUAUGUAUGUCUUUUUCCUCUUGCACAGAUAUUUCUUGCUAAAGAUACUGCUAUUGAGGGUAAAGAGUCCAGACUUUCGCAAGAAGAGCUAUGGGACCGGAUUUUAAGGGACGAUUACAUGAAAUAUGCUGUUCAAGAGUGCUAUUAUACCCUCAAGUUAGUCCUCACAUCUGUGUUGGAUACUGAGGGUAAGAAGUGGGUUGAGAGAAUAUAUGACGAGAUUCAGAGAAGCAUAGCUAAUAGGAGCAUACUUGUUGAUAUUGAAUUGAAUAAGCUACCACUAAUGAUUCAGAAAGUUACUGCACUAUUGGGAAUACUGGUUUGUAUUUGAAUUUCCAUCCAUUGCAGAUCAUUUGUUUUGUUGUGCAUGUUCAUAUCGCAUAGUUUCAAUUCUCAUACAACAAGGAUGCUUGUUACUCUCCUAUUACUAGUACACUGCAUAUAUAAAGAACAAUAUAAUGGGCCUAAGCUUAUAAAGCCUAGGGUUUCUA